UUUUAAAGGAACAAGUCGAUUUCCACUUCCAGCAUCAAUGAAUCGUUAAUUAGAUAAAAAAAAAGGCAAAGUUUUGAAUAAAACUUGCGUGUUUUUUUUUAAAGAUUGAAAAAAAAAUAGAGAGAGGUAAUGAAAUGAGGCAUUUUGAGGAAGAUCGAAAUAUUGGAAAAUCGAACUCGUGGACACGACUGAAUGAUAAAACUAUAGGAAGAUCGUUGUGCGCUGCACUUUAUCUUCACCCGUACCGGGUCCUAUAUGACGUAUGAGUUUGCAACCUGCUCCCGCUUCCGUUAACUUGUCACUUUGUCAUUCCCCGAUCGGCUCUCGACAACGACGUGAGGGGUCGGGUCGAAUCCUCCACGACGUGUGUUUUGUCUUCUCUUACAUCAUCGACAUCAUUUUUUUUUUCUUUUUUUUUUCAUCUGAUAGACGAAUUUUUUCUUUUUCCACUUCGUGAUUCGUGAGAAAAAAAAAAAAAAAAAAAAAUGGGCCCCGUUGAAACGUAUCAUUUUCUCGUCGAUGAAAUUUCAGAUCCGAGAGUGGCUGACUGGCCCCUCAUGUCUGGUCCACUUCCCAUAGCACUGAUUGUGGGGGGGUAUCUUCUCUUUGUUUUGGACCUAGGACCUCGAUUAAUGGCAAAUCGAGAGCCAUACAAACUUCACAACAUUAUGAUUGGUUAUAAUGUUGUUGUUGCAAUAGCUAGUGCUGCUAUUUUUUACGGGUUACUCACUUCCGGAUUUACAACGUCCUUGUCCUGGGGUUGCGAGCCGGUGGAUUUUUCCAACAGUCCAGAACCACUUAACAUGACUAAGUGGGUUUGGCGAGUAUUGUUAUUAAAAAUUGCCGAAUUGGGAGAUACAAUUAUUUUUAUUCUUCGGAAGAAAUACAAUCAAUGUACGUUUCUUCAUGUUUAUCAUCACGCUGCAACAGCUAUUUUAGCAUGGGUUGUCUGUAAAUACGCACCAGGAGGUAUGUGGACCUUCGUCAUGAUGCCUAAUUGUCUGGUGCAUGUGAUAAUGUACACUUACUACCUCCUUGCUGCCUUGGGUCCAAAAAUACAAAAGCGGCUCAAUCCAUUCAAGCCUUAUCUAACAAUUUUACAAAUGAUGCAGUUUGUAAUCAUAAUUAUUCACACAACUCAGGCUCUAAUGCCGUCCUGCGAGCCACGUCGUAAACCUUUAGCAUGUUUGUACAUGUUUCAUGUUCUUAUUAUUUUCUACAAUUUUUGGGACUUUUAUAAGAAAGCUUAUUUGAAGAAAAAAUUAGUAUAAGAAAUUAUUGCAGAAUAAAGAAAUAUAAAAUAUAAUAAAAUAAGAAUAACAGCGGAGGAUGGUGACAACUUAAUUUCCAUCGUUUCCUAUCAUCCACAAUGGGACAGAAAGUGAGACUAAAAAUCGAUCUCACGUAUCCUUCACAAAACUUAUUUAAGAUAAAAAAGUAAUGUUUAUUGUUUCAUCACUCACGGAUGUUUCUGUGUAAAAAGAACUAGACUAUUUUGUACUUUCUUAACAGUAAAUUUAUCGAAACAUCAUGUAAGAUUUCAUUAUUCUUCUUUGCACCCUUAUAUAUAAACGAUCUAAGUAUAAUA